AUGAACGGAGUCGAGAAGGUGAACAAGUAUUUCGAUAUCAAGGACAAGAGAGACUUCUUGUAUCAUUUUGGCUUCGGCGUUGAUACUCUCGACAUUAAGGCCGUCUUUGGAGACACCAAGAUCAAAUAUGCCUUUUUCUUCAAUUUUUCCAGUUUCCAGAUUCUCAAAAAUGUGAUAUUUUGGUCAUGUGGUCGUUGCCAAGAGAAAAUAUAUUAUUCAAAAGGGAGACCUUAUAUGUUUUUCGUGUGCACCGGCGGCUCUCCAGGACGUUUCAAGCUCUACGCCGAAUGGUUCGCCAAGGAAACCUCCAUCCCAUGUUCGGAGAAUCUCUCCCGCUCCGACCGCUUCGUCAUCUACAAAACCGGACCAGUCUGCUGGAUUAACCACGGCAUGGGUACCCCAUCUCUCAGCAUCAUGCUCGUCGAAUCAUUCAAACUCAUGCAUCACGCCGGCGUCAAGAACCCCACUUUCAUUCGUCUGGGGACUUCUGGAGGCGUUGGAGUGCCACCUGGCACUGUCGUUGUGUCUACUGGAGCCAUGAACGCUGAGCUUGGAGACACCUAUGUCCAAGUGAUCGCUGGGAAGAGAAUCGAGCGUCCGACGCAACUGGAUGCGACGCUUCGUGAAGCGUUAUGCGCCGUUGGAAAGGAGAAAAAUAUCCCGGUGGAAACUGGAAAAACAAUGUGCGCUGACGACUUCUACGAGGGACAGAUGCGGUUGGACGGCUACUUCUGUGACUAUGAGGAGGAGGAUAAGUACGCCUUCCUGCGCAAGUUGAACUCUCUCGGCGUUCGGAACAUUGAGAUGGAGUCGACGUGUUUCGCGAGCUUCACGUGUCGAGCUGGUUUCCCAUCGGCUAUUGUCUGUGUCACACUGUUGAAUCGUAUGGAUGGGGAUCAGGUCCAAAUCGACAAGGAGAAGUACAUUGAGUACGAGGAGCGCCCGUUCCGUCUCGUCACCGCCUACAUCCGCCAACAGACUGGCGUCUAA